AUGUCAGACAGAUCAGCAGGUGAUGGACCAGUAGGUGGACAGGACAACAUGGGAUCUGCUCGCGGAAACAAUGUGUCCAAUAACAUCACAAUACUGGCAGGUGGGCUUACGCUGGGACUUGUGGAACCGACGAGGCUGCUGGUCAAUCUGACUCGAAGAGUGAGUGUAACGAGGGCCAGCAAAACGGGCAGGCCGAACCCAAUCACGGCGUACAGCAGGAUUAGCAGUCACCACAAGAGAUGCGGAAGAGGCCUCGAGGCGCUUGAGAUAGACUUCAUGACUGAGGAUGGUCGAAGUGUUUUCACACAUCAACCUCAAAUUCAAUCUCAUGUAUGCCAAGAAGCAUUUGUUCACUGGUACGUUGGUGAAGGAAGUGAAGGAAUAGAAGAAGGUGAAUUCAGUGAAGCUCGUGAAGAUAUAGCUGGUCUCGAGAAAGACUAUGAAGAAGUUGAUGAUGAGGGUGUUGAUGAUGAAGAAGAUUAUUAA